AUGGGUACACACGGCCGCUGCUCAGCCACGCCACCGAUAUCCGGUGCUCGGCCAAAUUCCACUGGCGUCCUAGGAGACGAUUGCACUAUGGAAACACUCAGUAGCCACGGCAUGCGAGCUCUCAGAAGUCCCCCUCGCUCCAGUAUAGGACACGUUGGCAAAUCUCGUCGCCGGAACAGCUUCCGGGUCUCCAGAGAGCCUCGGCGGUUACCGGUCUCGGCUUCUCAGCAGCUAAACCCUAGCAUGCCUCAAUAUGUAAAUGAACGCACAGAUCCAAAGACUGAGAUCAGCGCGCAGAGGCAGGAAGAGAAAUCGCGGUUAGCUCAAGGUUUUGGGACACGUCCAGAAUUGCAAAGAUCACAUUCAACGCCCACGGCUGUGCAUACUCAACAUGCUGAUGGAAUUAUGAAUUUUUCACUCACUACGCAAGAGCAAGAGCAAGCAUCACCGCGCACAAGAAAUGAGCAGCCAUUAGAGCAAGAUGCGGGAGAAAUGGAGGCAGGGGCAGUCGCUCAGGAAGCAAAGCAUCAGAAACUGUUUAGGCAACCGGAUACCCACACCAUCACCGAGGAGCAACUGAUCAAUGAAGUGCGGGGAAUCUAUACCGGGCUUGUCAUGGUAGAAAAGAGGUGCAUCGAGAUCGAUAGGCAACAGGCGCAAUCAAAGGCCGAAUUAUCACAGGCUAAGUGGCAAGCCCUCGUUACACUACACCGAACACUACUCUACGAACAUCACGACUUUUUUCUUGCCUCCCAGCACCCGUCAGCUGGUCCUGUUCUCAAAGAACUAGCCGAUAAGUACGCAAUGCCCGCGCGCAUGUGGCGCUAUGGAGUGCAUUCAUUCCUAGAGCUGUUGCGUCAAAAGCUCCCCGGCUCGAUGGAGUACAUGCUUGACUUUAUCUAUCUCUCGUACUCGAUGAUAACAUUGCUGUUAGAAAGCGUGCCAGAUUUCAAAGAGACCUGGAUCGAGUGCCUGGGUGACUUAGCGCGGUAUCGAAUGGCCGUAGAAGAACUUGAUAAGAAGGAUCGCGAACUUUGGGCAGGGGUGUCGAGGUAUUGGUAUAACCAGGACGCAGAUCGAAGCCCAGAAAACGGCCGCAUUCAACAUCAUCUUGCUGUUUUAGCACGUCCGGAUCUUCUUCAACAGUUUUUUCACUACACGAAAGCGUUGAUCAGUGUGCGCGCAUUCCCAAAUGCUCUCGAAAGCAUGACACAGCUAGUUGCUCCUCUAAUGAAUAUCCCGGCGCCAAACUUGGUUACUUCGUUCGUGACUACUCACGGCGCGCUUUUCAUGCAAGCCCCGGUUAAUGACUUUGUUUCUCGGGCGAAUAUGUUUCUUGCUACUCUGCGUAAGGAGAUUAGCCGGGUAGGCCGACACGGGCAGCAAGGUGUCGAACUCACGUCUUGCAAUUUGGUCCAACUGACAUCUUGCAAUAUUGCUGCGAUAUUUCAAUAUGGGAGCAAAUCCGGAGCGGUGGAAGCCGACUUCACAGUGAAGUUACGCAAUCCCACACCGGAAGAUCGCCUAGCGGCAAUGAAGUGGGCAUCUAAUGCAACAGCUGCAGGGCCUACAUAUCCCACCUCCAGCGAUCUCUCAUCCCAGUUUGCAUUCAGGGCGAGUUCUCUCGCCUUUCACACAUUAACCGUCAUUCUCGGUCAAGUCGGCGAACCCAAUAUGUAUCCGAGCGUGCAUAUCUCGAUGGCAUUUGUGUGGUGUCUCACGCUCAACCCGGCCGCUAUACAGCGACUAGAGCCACUUGUUCCGUGGUCUCUACUUGCAACCUAUCUCAACACCUUAUUCCGCCCCGACACGAACAUUUCGAAGAUUGAAGACGAAUCAUUCCCGCUUCUUAACGAUUCGACUACGCAACAGCUACCGGAGGACUUUUUGAUUAGAGGAGAGGCAUGGAGCCGGCUUUACUACCCAGAUUCAUUUUUCGAGGGGGCUCCUACAGAAGACAAUAGACCACCAACAGAAGAACAUUCGACAGUGAUACCCAGAAGACAUCGAUGUCUUUGGCUUGGAGUGCGGAUCGCAACUUAUACCCGCUGGAUGACCUACGACCAAACGCGACGGUUCAUGCCAACCCAAUUAGCAGACGAAUUUGCGCCAAUUGCAGAAUCCCCCGCUUACCUCUAUGGCAAUCCUUACUCACUAGGAACUGAGACAUCCCUCGACCAGGAGAUGCAGGAAGUUUGA